UGGUAUUUCAGAUAAGAGACAGUAGGCUAAUCAAAUUCAAAUAGUGUAACUUUAUUAUCUCAUAUACUAUGUCGAUGUCUUGCUUUUUCUUUUCAUCUCUCCUUCUUUCUUCAUUCCAGUUUAAAUAAUGCCUGCUGAACAAAACUAUCAAUUAUUACCUAGAUUUACUCGUGAGCCUGAAAAGGUUGAUAACUUUGAUGAAGAAUACUUAAUUAGUUCGUCCGCAUCAUCGUCGUCAUUAUCUUCCGAUGACACUAGAAUUCCUCAUCGUACAUUAUUGAAGGGCGUAAAAGAACAUAUCGAAGAACAUUUCGACAGACCUGAGCUUGUCCGGGAUUGUAUUCUGGGAUUAUCUGACGGUUUGACUGUGCCAUUCGCUCUUGCUGCAGGUCUUUCAAGUCUAGGUGAUAGUCGUAUUGUUAUAUAUGGUUGUUUAGCAGAACUCGUAUCUGGGGCCAUAUCAAUGGGAUUGGGUGGAUAUUUAGCUGCUAAAUCAGAAGCAGAUCAUUAUCAUACCGAGCGUGAGCGAGAAGCACGAGAGGUUGAAUUAUACCCAGAAGAGGAAGAAGAGGAGAUUAUCGAGCUCUUCGAACCAUACGGUCUGGACAGGGAAUCUAUGGAGCCGAUGAUGGUUCGUUUUAGAGAAAACACAGAAAAGUUUGUGGAUUUUAUGAUGAAGUUUGAACUAAACUUAGAAUUACCUGACCCUAACAGAAGCUGGAUUUCUGCGUUGACUAUAGGGUUCUCGUAUCUCAUUGGUGGCAUCAUUCCCCUUCUACCAUAUUUAUUUAUAAAUGACACCACAAACGCUCUAUAUACAUCCUGUUUUGUCACCGGGCUCACAUUAUUUUGCUUUGGUUAUCUAAAGAGUAUUUACUUAAGACCUAAACAAGCGUUUAUUGGAGCAGUGCAGACAUUAGCUAUUGGUGCAGUUGCAGCUGCUUUUAGCUAUGGUAUUGUUGCAGCAGUCAACGAUACUAGUCCUGCAUCAGCAGAAGCUUAAAAAUCUAUACCUUUUACAUUCAAUCAAUAAAAAAUGUCUUGGCAGGACACUAAAAUUUUGAAUUUGCGCAAAUAAAA